AUGGGCUAUUAUUUCGGGCCCAUGAAUGAGGAAUUUGUGGAAUGUGGGGUGCAUGUGGUACCAGGGUACUCACCUGAACUAGACGGCUCCAUCAUAAAAAAGUAUAAAUUUAAAGAGUUUUUCACCAAAAUAAUCUACGUCGACAUCGUCGAAACGCACUCUUGGCGGCAAGGUCGUUGGGUCGCCAAGUCGCGACCCACCAGUUCUAUAGGUCGUAUGAGUCCGGUUUAUCCGAGUCCGGGGAAUAUGGAGCGCUACUAUCUACGAAUGAUUUUGGGCAACGUGACAGGUUUGAUUUCGUUCGUGGACGCGAAAACCGUAAACGGCGUUUUAUGUCCUUCGUAUCAGGCCGCUUGCGUAGCGUUAAAAUUGAUCCCGGACGACGACGAAGAGGCGGACAAGAUUUUAGAUUGGAUAGCGGAUCGUCUUCGUCAUCCGUUUUAUUUAAGGGAAGCGUUCGCUCUAAUUCUCUUGUACAAUCCGUCGAAGAAUCCCCGAACUUUAUUUAAGAGAUGGUGCAGGCGUAUGUCCGCGGACGUGCAUAGGAUUCAUAUCGAUUUAAUCAGAGAUAUCGACGAAGAGGACGCGGGCGACUUAAACGAAAGGAUGCACGUGCUCCGUACCUGUCGGUAUACGGUCCUUUGGAGUUUCGUAGAUCGAUUUCUGGUCGAAUGCUCCACUUCGAUGGAAAAAAUUAAUCUUCCUCGGGAUUGGAUUUCCGAUUGGGUUUACGACGAGGAGGCGGAACAACUUUUGGACGAGGAAGAGGUUACGUUCGAGGAAUUCGCUUUCGUUCCGAGACCGAAUCAAAAUUUGCAUCUGAUCGAUCUCAACGAUCAACAGCUGGGAUUCGUUUACGAGGUUUUACAGUCUGUAUGCAAUCGUAACGGUAUCGUUUUCGUUUUGACCGGCGAAGGGGGCACCGGCAAAACCGCGACCGUCAACGUUAUUUUGGAAGAGGCGGAACUUCGCGCGUUACCGUACGUAUCCGCGGCUUUUACGAGGAUCGCGGCCACGUUAAUCCGGAACGCGGCUACGAUUCAUUCUUCUUUCGGUAUUCCUAGAGAAAGAUUCGUAGACGAUACGCCGGUUUCUAAUUUGGUGGGCGAGUCGGAGGCGGCCGACGAUAUUCGAAACGCGAGACUCGUCGUGUUAGACGAGGUGUUUAUGUUGGCGUCGUGGAUGUUGGAAAUGAUCGAUGCCGUGUGUCGGGAAUACGGUCAAUCGCGACGGCCGUUCGGUGGGAAAACCGUUAUUCUUAGCGGCGAUCCCAAGCAGUUGCUUCCCGUUGUCAAGGGUAGGCGAGCGGGAAUGGCGUCCGUGUUCGAGUCCAUCGUUUCGCAUCCGGCAUGGAGUACUUUUCAACUGUGCACGUUAACGGAAAACAUGCGUGUUCAUCCGCAAGAGGUGGAAUGGUCGAAUUUCAUCAGGAGAGUAGGCGACGGGGAAAGAAUCGUUUCGGACAACGGACGCGAACCGAUUUCCGAUAACUGUCUGUUCGUUCCUCUCAAAUUAAUUGUCAAAUCGCGCGAACAACUCGUCGACUUUGUUUACGGGGACGUCUUCGAAUCGAUGCUCGCUCUUCCCGGGACGAACGAGCGAUUCUUGGAAUUAGCCGAGCGAUUGGCCCUCCGGUCGAUCCUUUGUCCCGUGAACAGCGAGGUCGAGGAGUUGAACGAAAUCAUCUCAAAGAUCUUCCCCGAUCCGUCAGGAUCGGAGAGGGUCUUUUUGGCGACCAAUUCCUACGAUAGACAGAGUAACGAGGAUGGGGCCGACGAUCACGAAAUCGCCAAUCCCCUCGCGACGGGAGUCACCAGUGAAAUUAUCGAAAGUUUAGAUUUGUCGGGACUACCGCCACAUCGGUUGAAUUUGAAGAUCGGUUCGGUGGUAGUCCUUUUGGUAAAUCUUAACGUGCAGAGGGGUUUUUGUAACGGACAGAGAAUGAUCGUUUUGGAGAUGGGCGAUGACGUGAUACCCGAGCGAUCGAUGUCCGUUGCCGAUCCCAACGGCGUAGCCGGACCGACGAACACAGAUGAAUUUCUCUGUCCGAUAUGCGGUAGAUCGUUUACCACCAAGUCUGGACAAGGGUUGCACUGGUGGGGGGCACACCAGGAGGACAGAAACGAGAAGCUUAAAGUGCGCUGGCAGCGCGAGGAACUCGAGAUCAUGGCUGAGAAGGGGGAACCUUUCUUGAACCUCUUCCUACUCCAAAAAAUGUCAGGGCGUUCGUUGGAAGCAAUUACAGGCGCCAUUAUGCUCAUUAUUGAACUUGAGUUCUGA